AUGUGGUCCACGUGGAUAUGCAGUGUAGUUCGUCCGACCCUUGCCCAUAGUCUUGGCGGUAUUAUUGUCAAAGAGGCAUUGGCAAUCGCAUCCAGAGAAUAUCAAGCAUACCCCAUGAUUUCAGCUUUCACCGAUUCAAUAUUCUUCAUCGCGGUACCCCACAAUGGCUCACAACAUGCCAGUUGUGGAGUAUUUGCUAGCAGGAUAGCUCGCGCAUUUACUUUCCAACCAGACAAUUCAUACCUAACAAGUUUAAGUCCAGGCUCAGACUAUAGCAAGGAGCUUAAUACCAGGUUUCAAACAUUACUUCUACGUUACAAAUUCUAUACCUGGAUCGAAGGACGAGAGGUUCCUUACGUUGGAUUGAUUGUUCCAGAAGACUCUGGGAAGCUAGGUCUACCAGCACCGCAUGAAGUCUGCCGUAUAACCGAACGCAACCACAGAAACAUAUGUCAGUUCUGCGGCGAAAACGAUUUGGAAUGGCUCGAAUUGUCGGCACAUAUAAGUAAAGCAGCUUUUGAUGCUACCACUUCAUUCAACUAUAGUCCCGCAUUGGAUCGUUCGAAAGACUUGCUUGAAGUUAAGCAGUACAGUGCGCCGUAUACUGUUGAUGUUUUGGAAGCUACCGAUGAAGCUCAAAGCAUAGCCGAGGCCAUGAAUAUGUUCCAAAACAGUACAGGGCUAUUGGAGAAAGAGACGGGGGCUGGCCUUGCCUCAGAGGCGGCCUUAUCUCUUGCAAAGCUCUUACUCGCUGUUAUCUCUCCUAUACUUCACGUUUUGUCUUUAUCGCCUCUUACUGCUGCGCUUGGAUCUCUUCUUCUCAGUACUAUCUUGGUGGGGCUUCCUAGCAAGAAUGAGCUUUUAGAGAAAGCUAGACAGGGCCGAGAAGCAGAAGAAACAAUUAUGGAAGUUGAAGAUUGGGCAAUUGAUAUGCUAAAUGGGCACCAACGUGCAGCUCUCUUAGCAUCCUAUCACCUGCAACAAGUAAUCGAUCGUAUCGAGCUUCAGGGUAUUCAUGAUGAGCACGCUCUCCCGUUAUUCACGGCUCGGCUCUUACAACAAGAGCUUCAAACACUAGUCAUGCGCAAUACGCAGAACAUCCAUGAACGACUGAUUGAAUACCAGAAGGCUGAACAGUUCGUCAAACGAAUUCAGGAUGUAAAGAAGGAAGUGGAAGGUAAGAAUAAAAAGGAAACAUACAUGCACUUGGUUGAGGAACAGUACAAGACCCAGGAGGGUGGUUAUUGUCCUGAAGAAUGCGUAAUCCUUUAA